AUGACCCUAACCCAAAUUGGGACCGCCGACGUGCACAAGAUCACCUCCGGACAGGUGAUUAUUGAUAUCUCCACCGCUUCCAAAGAACUUCUGGAAAACUCAUUGGACGCUGGGGCGAGUCAGGUCACCAUCACAUUUAAGAACCACGGGAUCGACUCUAUAGAGGUGAGCGACAACGGUACGGGAAUCGACGAAGAGGAUUUCGAUGGUAUUUGCAUGAAACACUGCACAUCAAAGCUACGGAAGUUUGAGGACGUUGCGAGUGUACGAACUUUGGGCUUUCGCGGAGAAGCACUGGGCUCGCUAUGUGCGGUAGCAAGAGUGGACAUAACAACGUCAACUAAAAACAUCCAGCCUAGAGCAUACAAACUGGAGUAUGAUCAGCAAGGCAAUCUCAAAAAUAAGCAGACAGUGAGUCGAAGUUGCGGCACAACUGUGCUCAUCAGUGAUAUUUUCAGAACCUUGCCUGUGCGAAAAACGGACCUGAUGAAGAAUGGUAGACGAGAGUUCCAAAAGGCGGUGACUUUACUGCAAUCGUAUGCCCUUAUCAAAGUUGGGCUCCGUCUUGUUGUCCAGCACAUUGACUCGCGUGGCAGGAAAAGCGUUCUGCUGGCCACAAGCGGUUCCCAGCAUCUUCGCAGCAACGUGCUGAGUGUUUUUGGGGCCAACGGUAUGGCGGGCCUAGAGCCAGUAGACUUCCAAUUGAAUAUCUCCGCACGGUUUAGGUUGAAGGCUUGUGACAUGUUAUUGGGCGUGCGUGGCUAUCUAUCCAACUGUUCGUUUGGCAAGGGGCGCUCUGCUACCGACAGGCAAUUUUGGUUUGUGAAUGGCAGGCCAGUUAAAUUGCCGCAAUUUUCCAAAGCCCUCACCGAUGUCUACAAAACAUUCAACCAUCUACAGUGUCCAGUGAUUUUGUUGGAUCUUGAGCUGGACCCGCAGUUCAUUGAUGUGAACGUCACUCCAGACAAAAGAACAGUUUUUUUGCACAACGAAACGGCCAUCAUGGAAGCUCUCAAGGAACGCGUUACCGAAAUUUUCUCUGGUCAGGACAUGAGCAUUCCGAAGAGCCAGUUGACAGUGGAGAGGAGCAGAAACAGCAAGCUUUUGAAGCAGGACUUCGAGGAGGUGAACGAGCACGAAUCGAGCCGGCACCUCGACAUGGAGCAUGAAGAUAGGCAAGAAGAACAAGAAGAAGAACAAGAAGACGAAGAAGAAGAACGGGGUCAUGAGGAGGGUAAUGGUGCAUGCCGUAUUGAUGUCUCUGACGUGGACGACCGCGGAGAGCGAGAGUUAGGGGGAGCACAGUCCUCUAUUAGUGUGACAACUGUGGCCCCAGAGGCGGUGCAUGAGUCUGAAAGCGAAUACGAUGGCGACUCCGGUGGCAAGGACCACACCGUCGCGACUAUCUCAAAAUCCCCAAUUAGAUCGCAAGUGCAGGGUACGCUCACUACGCUACUUGAUAAGAGUGCAGAGCCCAAGUUGGCUCCUGACUCAGAACCUGAUACCACGGAAUUUUCCAGGGUCGACGACCUGAUCUUGUCCUCCGACACCAAUAAAUCAAAUGAGUCCAGCUUUGAGAAAAGCCGUGAUGUCGAAACAGAAACUACCUCGCCAUUGCGGAUGACAGUGCGCGACAAAUACAUUGAGACAUACCCCACAGGGCAACGAAAGCUGAGUUUUGAGCCCAAGUCAGAAAAGAGGGCGUCCUCCGCCGCGCUGGCCCGAACCCAAAGUUCGCUGCAUGACAUUGAGUUGCCAAUUGAGGCAAGUCCUGGCAGUUUCAAAAUGCAGAAACCCAGACUUGUAAAAAACGGAGGCACCCGUGCUGCCGUUGAUGAUAUCACUGACGAGUCCGAAGCAGAACGCAAGCUUAUGCUUUCUGUUUCCAAGAAGGAUUUUUUGGAAUUGCAGGUGAUCGGCCAGUUUAAUCUCGGCUUUAUUCUGGUUACCAAGCAGGAUAAUUCAGGAACACAUCUGUUCAUCCUUGAUCAACAUGCGUCCGACGAGAAGUACAACUUUGAGCGCUAUCAAACGGAAACGGUGUUCAACAACCAGCCGCUUGUUAUUCCACAACAGCUACAUCUCAAUGUAAUUGAUGAGCUCGCCAUAAUGAACAACCUGCAAGUUUUUGAGAAAAACGGGUUUGGGCUCCGUGUGGACGAAGAUGCCCAGCCUGGCGAACGUCUCAGCCUCACUUCAUUACCGUAUUCAAAAGACACCACAUUUGGUCUGUCCGAUCUGGACGAGCUUGUACACCUCGUCAAGGAGCACCACGGCAGAGGGGUGCUGCGUCCUUCUAAAGUCCGUGCUAUGCUUGCUAUGCGAGCGUGCAGAACGAGCAUAAUGAUCGGCAAACCCCUAAGCCAUAAAACAAUGACCAGCGUCGUGCGCAACCUGGCGACUCUCGACAGGCCCUGGAACUGUCCACAUGGCAGGCCGACCAUGCGUCAUCUGAUUGAGCUGAAGAAUUGGGCUACUUUCAGCAGAGAUUAUGAAACAUAA